UCUUGGAGCAGAUGUCAGCAGAGGUACAUCGGGGCACUGGGUGCGAGGGUGAUCUGCGAUAACAUCCCGGGGCUGGUGAACAAGCAGAGGCAGCUGUGCCAGAGGUAUCCUGACAUCAUGCAGUCGGUUGGGGAGGGAGCCAAGGAAUGGAUCCGGGAAUGCCAGCACCAGUUCCGGCACCACCGCUGGAACUGCAGCACCCUGGACCGGGACCACACUGUCUUCGGACGGGUCAUGCUGCGAAGCAGCAGGGAGGCAGCCUUCGUCUACGCCAUCUCCUCGGCCGGGGUGGUCUAUGCCAUCACGCGGGCGUGCAGCCAGGGAGACCUGAAGGCCUGCAGCUGCGACCCGCUCAAGAGGGGCCGCUCCAAGGAUGAGCGCGGGGAGUUCGACUGGGGCGGCUGCAGCGACAACAUCAACUACGGCAUCCGGUUCGCCAAAGCCUUCGUGGACGCCAAGGAGAAGAAAGUGAAGGAUGCCCGGGCACUGAUGAACCUGCACAACAACCGCUGUGGGAGGAUGGCUGUGAAGCGCUUCCUGAAGCUGGAGUGCAAAUGCCACGGGGUGAGUGGCUCCUGCACACUAAGGACUUGUUGGCUGGCAAUGUCAGAUUUUCGGAAGACAGGGGAUUACCUAAGGAAGAAAUACAACGGGGCCAUCCAGGUGACCAUGAACCAGGACGGCACCGGCUUCACCGUGGCCAACAAGAACUUCAGGAAGCCCACAAAAACAGAUCUGGUGUACUUUGAGAACUCACCUGAUUACUGCGUGAUGGACAAGUCAGCAGGCUCGCUGGGCACGGCCGGCCGCGUGUGCAACAAGAUGUCGCGGGGGACGGACGGCUGCGAGGUGAUGUGCUGCGGGCGCGGGUACGACACCACGCGCGUCACGCGCGUCACCAAGUGCGAGUGCAAGUUCCACUGGUGCUGCGCUGUGCGCUGCAAGGAGUGCGAGGACACUGUGGACGUGCACACGUGUAAGGCACCCAAACGGGCCGAGUGGUUGGACCAGACCUGAGGAGCUGGAGCACAGAGGGAAGAACCCAUCACCACCUCCCUUUCCUUGUUUUCUAAACCCCUGUGCCCUGAGGGCCAGGACGUUCUGGGAGCUGUAGCUCAACUGCAUGGCUUUUAUUUAAUUAAUUCUGCAAAGCACUAAAGAGAGGACUACAUUUCCCAGGAGGUGCUGUGGACCCUUCUGUUUGCUCAGCAAAACUAAUCCCCUACCUAGGAGGAGUCUGCAAUCCUUGCUUAAACUGUGAAACUGCCGUUGCCGGUUGCGCUCUCUGCAACGGGACGGUGCAGCCGAUGCGGAUAUGGAGGACUGAUGGUCAGGAUGCGAUGGCUGAG